ACCUCUGGGUAACUAAGCUGACGCAGUCCUGCGGGCGCUACGCUUCUGUCGCUUCGGGACUAUGGGCUCCUGGACAAAGGGCAAGAGCUGCCUGGCCCCUGGUUUGCUGCAGAACCAAACGGCCAUCGUCACCGGCGGGGCCACCGGCAUCGGAAAGGCCAUCGCGAAGGAGCUUCUGCACCUGGGGUGUAAUGUGGUCAUUGCAUCCCGGAAAAUCGAAAGACUAAAAUCUGCUGCAAAGGAACUGAAAUCCACCCUACCUCCCUCCAGCCAGGCUCAGGUCACUCCCCUGCAAUGCAACAUCCGUAAAGAAGAGGAGGUGGAUAAUUUGAUUAAAUCUACCUUAGCUAUUUAUGGUAAGAUCAAUUUCUUGGUAAACAAUGGAGGAGGCCAGUUCCUGUCUCCUUUUGAAGAUAUCAGUUCAAAGGGAUGGCAUGCUGUGAUUGAAACCAACUUGACAGGCACCUUUUAUAUGUGCAAAGCAGUUUACAAACUCUGGAUGAAAGAGCACGGAGGAUCUAUUGUUAAUAUCAUUGUCCUUAUUAAAAGUGGAUUUCCACUUGCUGCGCACAGUGGAGCUUCCAGGGAAGGUGUUUACAAUCUCACCAAAUCCUUAGCUGUAGAAUGGGCCAGCAGUGGAGUAAGGAUCAAUUGUGUUGCUCCUGGAAUAAUCUAUUCCCAGACUGCUGCUGACAGCUAUGGUGAUAAUGGACAAAGCAUGUUUGCAAGGUCCUUCCAGAAUAUUCCAGCUAAACGAAUGGGAGUUCCCGAGGAGGUCUCCUCCAUCGUGUGCUUCCUGCUGUCUCCUGGAGCUUCCUUUGUCACUGGACAGGUGGUGAGUGUGGACGGAGGCCAGUCUCUGUACACACACUCAUACAAUGUACCAGAUCAUGACAACUGGCCUGAAGGAGUUGGGGACCUUUCUCUUGUCAAGAGGAUGAAGGAGUCUUAUAAGGAGAAAGCCAAACUCUAAGCCAAGGAAUAUCUGCUAUCUUUUGUUCCUGAGUGCCUUAACAUCUUGAGAAUGUGCAUCUGCGCUUUAUAAGAACUUAUAAUUUGGGAAAAAAUCAUUCUUUCUAAUAUUAUUAAUUAUAUCUAAGCAAAAACUGUUCCUGAAAUAAGUGCAUUUCAAUGCCUUAACCCAUCCCAUAUCUUUGAUUCUGUGAUUAAUUUUUUUCAAAUGAUUUUUUUUUUUUUUUUUUGGUGGUGGUGGUACUAGGAAUUGAACCCAGGACUUCAGGCUUGCUGGGCAAGCACUCUACCACUGAGCUACAUCCCUAGCCAGCCCUUGUGAUUAAUUUUUUUAAAGAAAGAGAUGAACAUGAUUAAAUAAUUCUCAUUUUAAAAGAGGUAUUCAAAAAAUGAAUAAUUUUAAAUUAAUAAUAAUUAGAUCAUGAAUUCUCAGGUUUUAUUAUUGAAUUAUAAUUGGAAAAUACAUCUAAAUUGUGGUAUAGUUAUGAUCGUUACACUAGAUUUAUACAGUGACUGCUUUCUGAUGGAAAAUUCUUUUAGAGCAAUAAAGCCUUAUGGUAGCUGUCAA